CGCACGAACCUCCGCCUACCACAGAGACCGCUCUCGUCUGCCCCCUCUGUUCCCUCCUCGAGAGUCGACCGCCGAGGAGCAAUUGAUUCACGAUGUCAAUGUUUGCUAGAAAUGCUGCCCGCUUCGGCGCGGUCCGGAGCAGUGUGAGCAGGACCACAAAGCGCGCUGCGUCGUCGGCCUCUGAAGCUGUCAACUCCCCCUUCAAACUUACUGCCGCCGGAACCGCUGCCACUGCCGUUGCUGCUGGCUCGAUGGCUUGGUACUAUCAUCUCUAUGGUUCUACCGCUCACGCCAUGACACCUGCGGAAGAAGGUCUCCAUCCAACACACUACCCAUGGGAGCACGAGAAAUACGUCAAGACCUUCGACCACCAAGCCCUGCGCCGUGGUUUCCAGGUCUACCGCGAGGUCUGCUCUUCGUGCCAUUCCCUCGCUCGCGUCCCAUACAGAACCCUGGUCGGAGUAACCCACACCGUUGACGAGGCCAAGGCCAUGGCCGAGGAGAACGAGUAUGACACCGAGCCCAACGAUGAGGGCGAGAUCGAGAAGCGCCCCGGAAAGCUCUCCGAUUACCUCCCAUCGCCAUACAAGAACGAUGAGGCCGCCCGCGCCGCCAACAACGGUGCCCUGCCUCCCGAUUUGUCGCUGAUUGUCAAGGCCCGCCACGGUGGCUGCGACUACAUCUUCAACCUCCUUACCGGUUACCCUGAGGAGCCUCCCGCAGGCGCCGUCGUCCAGGAGGGCCUCAACUUCAACCCUUACUUCCCGGGUACCGGUAUUGCCAUGGCUCGUGUCCUCUUCGAUGGUCUCGUUGACUACGAUGAUGGAACUGAGGCCUCUACCUCCCAGAUGGCCAAGGAUGUUACCGAGUUCCUGAACUGGGCUGCCGAGCCCGAGAUGGACCAGCGCAAGAAGAUGGGAAUGAAGGUUCUGAUUAUGACCUCCGCGCUACUGGCUCUCAGCAUCUGGGUUAAGAGAUACAAGUGGGCUCCGAUGAAGACAAGGAAGAUCGUUUACAACCCGCCAAAGGUUGGUGGACCAAGAAAGUAGAAGGAUCCUUGGUGUGAGUUAGAGCGAGAGGCUUGGAUAGGAAGAAGGGAGUGAAUGCAACGACGCAUAUUACACUGUUGUAUUGUACUAGUUCUACGUUUUGGUUGUACAAAGAGAAUAGUCUACUAGAAGAGAAGAUACGGGACCUAAAUCUCAAUAUACCGUCUUAUUUCUUUUGUAACUUGGUUG